UUGUUCUUUGAAACCAAGAUUUGUUCAAAAUGGAGUCUCUGUUAUGGUUCUGAAAAAUAUUUAAAUCCUUUGUAUGUUUGGUUAGUUUAGGUUAGCUACAUAUCUCGUUUAAUAAUACGUGUGUUUAUAUACUUAUAUUAGAUUACUUCAUUUAAAACCAGAAAUAACUUAUUCGCCUCAUUAUGUUAUGUGAUUAUUCGGAUAAAAAUACGCCAUGUGAUGCUUUCAACCUUAAAAUUCCUGUGUGCGUGGCGAGAAAACUUUUGUAAAAAUUUAACUAAUAUUUAAUGUUUUAAGUAUUAUUACAUUUGUUUGUGUAAUUUGCAAUGGCAGGUAUUUAAAUAUUACGUUACGAAAGUUAUAUUUACCAUCUUCCAUUAAGUACUUAAUAUGGUACCUACUUAGUAUUAAAAACAUUGAAAUUUUUGCUGUGUAUAAAUUUGUGGCUUAUUUGACGUAUAUUGUGAUAAAUACAAUACCGGUAACAUAGUUUCCAUAUUACGUAAUUCGUUUUUGACACCAAAUAUUGCAAUCGUGUGUCAUGUUUUGAUGGAACAAAACUAUAGUGGUAGUUAGAUUAUGCACAUGUAUUCGUUAAAAGUACAUCCAUCCCGGAAUUGAAAAGUACUCGAAAUGAGUCCAUUUAUAUAUGAAUUUUCCACAAUGAUAAGUGAUUUUGAAAAUAAAGGUUAUUCUAUUUACCCUUCCCUAUCUUGCAAACAGAACCAACAUUCCUACCCCGCAAAUAAUAUGAUUGAAAACAACACACACCGAUGAAAACCCACACAAGUAUUAUUAAAUAAAUGAUGAAAGAAGAUAUAGUUGAAAGAUUUUGUUGAUAAAUUCAUAAGAUUGUUUUCAAGAAGCCCCUACACCAAAAAAUAACAAACUUUGGGAAAAGUUCUGUAUUGCUUAUCCAGGUGUAUCCAGAUAUACCUUUGAUUCUAAUGGCAUAAUCCUGUACACCUGAUCCUGUGUUAUAUGAUGCUUAUCUUUUUUAUCAGUGGGAAGGCGUGUAGCCCCGACUUGUUUCGCGCGACAGCGCGAAACCUGAUGUAAAAAAUAAAUUACAUAUAUAUGAUAAAUAACUUCACAUUUCGCGCUGUCGCGCGAAAUGCGUCGGCGCUACGCGCCUGCCCACUGCUAAAAAAAUAAGCAUCAUGUACCACAGGAUCAGGUGUACAGGAUCAUGCCAACAGGAUCACAGGUUAACUUGGAUACGCACUACGGAACUUUUACCCAUUUCCCCCCGCACCGAGAUAAUUGCCAGAUGAUGUUCAUAAAAUUUUAUAAUUUUGUAUUGACUUGCAGUUAUAAAAAUCAUAAUGUGCACAUUCACAAUUGUUUGCUGAAUCAAGAAACACCGCAUAAAAUUUAUUUUCACCUCAAAUUUUACACUAACAUAAAAAGUUGCGGCAAAGUAAGCAGAAACAAACUAAGAAACGAUUACUUUUAAGUGAUAAUAAUUUUAAAUUCUAUCAAGUAAGCAGAAACAAUAAACUAAAAAACGAGUACUUUUAAGGGAUAAGAAUUUUAAAAUUUAAUAAAAAAAACCACAUGAAUUUGUAAAUAUUUUCGCAAAUGUUUGUAUGUUUGUAGUACUUUUUCUAACAUUAAAUAAAGUUGUUCAUUUCAUAACACAAUACAUUUCCCCGAUUUUUUUUUUUCAUAUAAGCCAUACAAUUCAUUUUUAAUUAUUAGUUUUGUAUUUAUUAUACAUAUUACAUAACCUCCACGUCCAUCAACUAGAGAAAAGAUACGAGUAUAAUGAAAACAUUUAACUUUUAAUAAUAAAUGGUCCUUCCCUCGUUGUGAUUGGCCUUCUACCAGUGACGUCAACACAAUAUUGAACGUUGCCACACUUCCAUAAAGACAUUUCAUAAACCCGACAAUGUUGAUUCCGGUAGCAGCAGUAGCAGUUUCAAGAAUAGACAUUUAGCUGUCUAGCGGGUUGAAACUUGCGGAUCAUUCCGCUACCGGAAUUAUUCCGGCAGCGUCAAGAAUAGGGCCCCUGGUCAAGUUAUAAGUGAACUCGUGUUUUCUUGAUAAAAUAUUUACGUGAGGGAAAUAAUGUAUUUCUUAACAGGUGUGUGUUUAAUGCAACAAUGGGCUGUGAAACACAUCGUGACGUGCUUGCUGUCAAUGCUCGUCACGAAAAGCCGCAACCACAUUUGACCUUUUUGGGUGGUUUGUCAGGAGACCAACCCGACUGCAGUAAAGAGCCCUCUCGAAACCAGAAAGCUGAACACAUCGUAAAGCAAAUAAGUGUUUUUCAACAUACACUUAGUUCCUUGAGUGUCCCGAAGUUGUUUAGUCAACGUCCUCGUACUUUACUAUUGCGAGUGAAAGUGCAAAAUGACUCAUUAAACUGGUGUGUUUUAAAACCCAACUCAAGGAGAAUAAAAAUGUUCCUUAUUUAGACAGAAAAACUUUAUCCGAAAAAAGUAACAGACAGUUGGGUUAUAUGUGUGCGCACUAAAAUUUUAAAUUAAGAAAUAGGUGGUAUCUAAUUUGGUAUAAAGGAUAGUAUUCACAGUCGGGGCUUGAGAACAGCCUUGAAACCUUAUUGGCAAAGACAGUCUUGUAUCUCACGACCGCAAUCUUCCAUGUUUCAUAGUCAGUGAACAAGACGAGCUGCAUGAAAACAACGUGCUUAAGCAUGACUUUGUUUAACGUACUUCAGGCUUAAGAACUAUGUACUUAAGACAACCGAAAAGACACAAGCAUACACGAACCUUGCCGAAUGAACUCAUUCGUUAGAGAUUCUGCAACUUUUCACACUGAGCACUAAAACCUCAGAAUCCAAGGCUAUUUAUUUUAGCAUGAUUUUGUGAGUAAAUAUCACUACAUUUGUGAUGUGUGUGUAUGUUGAGGUUAGGAUUUUUGUUUUGUUUUAAUACUCUGAAUCAAAGCUGGAAAACAGGCAUUUUGUGAACACAAAGAUGUUAUGUCAUAAAAGAAUAUAUAUAGUUCAGUGGAAUGAAUUUAGUCUUUUUAUUCUAGCACAGGGCAUUAAAAGGUGCUGCUACAAAAUUCACACAAUAGAUUUGUGAAUUUUUUUUUAUGUGUCACUGCUGGCAUAACACGCAUAGCGGAGACAAAUCAUGAAACAGUAAUAAAAUAAUAAAAUGGAAAUGAUGGAGCAUCUUGCGCCUGUAUCUGGCCUCGGCCGUGGCUCGGACAAGACUGGAGACUAGGACGUCGGGUAACUACUUGCGCGUGGAGCGGAAGUAACUUCACAAACAAAGAUGCUGCGUGUUGUAAACAGGGAUUCGACCUGUUCUUUAAUUAAAGACAGAGAAGAUACGACGUAACAUUGUAAUAUGCAAACAUGUUGGAACCAGUAAGACUUCAGCAGCAGCACAAAUCUAGCAGUUAAACUACGCGAAUGUUAUAUAAUUUGAAAAACAUGAUCCGUAAUUAUUCGUGUAAUAUUUUUAAUAUGUUGAUUCAGUUUUAAUUAAUUUUUAGUUUUAUUCAGCAUUUUUAUUUAUGGCUACUCUUUUAUUAAAGGCUUCCAUAUUAUUGGCGGGAAAAUAUUGUAUAACAACUGUGCGUGUAUCUUGUCUGCUGUCAAAAUUGACAAAUUUAUUUAUUCGUGUCUUCAUCGCCGACAAUUUGUUAGCCGUAAAUUGUAUUCAAUAUCUUGACCUGCGAUGCAAUGAGGAUUGGAUUUAUUCAUCAAUAUUGAAAUUUGUGCAGAAUGGUUUUACAGAAUAGUGGUAAAUACCGACCAGAGAAAAAGGAAAAUCCAAAAUUUAAGGCAGGGCCAAGAGAAGAAACAUCAGAGCUUCGCCUCAGAGAAUCCCUCGAGAAUGAUGACAUUGAUGCCAAAUAUGGAUUCAAGAGAGUUUCUGACUUCCUGGAGCGGACGGGCUUCCUCAUCAACAUGCAUACAACGGAAAUUCUCGAUGAAGAUAAAAGAUUGAUCAGUGCUGUGGAUUACUAUUUCAUACAAGAAGAUGACACCCGCUUCAAAGUGUCCAUGCCUUACAAGCCGUACUUCUACAUUCUCGUGAAGAAGGAGUACAUUCAGGAGGUGUCCGCCUUCCUGACCAAGAAGUUCGGGGGGACCCUGCACAAGGUCGAACCAGUGACCAAAGAAGACUUGGACCUGCCGAACCACCUCAUCGGCCUGAAGCAAACGUACCUUAAACUGUCGUUCUUCACCGUGACUGACUUGGUGAAAGUGCGCAGAGAAAUCAUGUCUGCGGUGCGCAAGAAUCGCGAACGAGAGAAGAACAACACCUACUACACGGAAAUGCUCACCACUGCGCUCGUGAAUACCGGAGACGUCAGUGUUACAAAGAAGUCGACUGACCACAUGGAAAACAUAUUGGACAUCAGGGAAUACGAUGUGCCGUACCACGUGCGCGUGUCGAUCGACAUGAAGAUCUUCUGCGGCUCGUGGUACUCGGUGAGGUGCGUCGCGGGCUACGUCCCGGUCGUCACGAAGAGGUGUGACCUGAUCGAGCGGCCGGACCCCAUCGUGCUGGCCUUCGACAUCGAGACGACCAAGCUGCCGCUCAAGUUCCCGGACGCCAACACCGACCAGAUAAUGAUGAUCUCGUACAUGAUCGACGGGCAGGGCUACUUGAUAACCAACCGCGAGAUCAUCUCUUCCGACAUAGAAGAUUUCGAAUACACGCCCAAGCCCGAGUUCGAGGGGCUCUUCACGGUGUUCAACGAGCCGGACGAGAUGAGCUUGCUGCAGAAGUUCUUCGACCACAUCCUGGACGUGAAGCCGCACAUCUUCGUCACGUACAACGGGGACUUCUUCGACUGGCCGUUCGUGGAGGCCCGCGCCGCGGUCCACGAGCUCGACAUGAAGCAGGAGACGGGGUUCUCCCGCAACAGGGACGGCAUCUACGCGUGCAGACCGGCCAUGCACAUGGAUUGUCUUUGCUGGGUGAAGCGGGACUCGUACCUGCCCGUCGGCUCCCAGAACCUGAAGGCAGUGGCGAAGGCCAAGCUGCGCUAUGACCCCGUCGAGCUGGACCCGGAGGACAUGUGCCGCCUGGCGUCGGAGCAGCCCCAGGUGCUGUCCAACUACUCCGUGUCCGACGCCGUAGCCACGUACUACCUGUACAUGAAGUACGUGCACCCGUUCAUCUUUGCGCUGUGCACCAUCAUCCCCAUGGAGCCGGACGAGGUGCUGAGGAAGGGCUCCGGGACGCUGUGCGAGGCGCUGCUCAUGGUGGAGGCCUACCACGCCCGGAUCGUGUUCCCCAACAAGCAGGAGACGGAGCUGAACAAGAUGACGGCGGACGGCCACGUGCUGGACCAGGAGACGUACGUGGGCGGCCACGUGGAGGCGCUCGAGUCGGGCGUGUUCCGCGCCGACCUGCCCUGCCGCUUCCGCCUGGUCCCAGAGGUGUUCGACAAGUUGGCCGAAGGAGUGGAAGAGGCGAUGAAGCAUGCUAUAGAGGUGGAGGAAAACAUCCCUCUAGAAACUGUGACAAACUUCGAAGAAGUAGUAACGGACAUAAGAGCUAAGCUGUCUGAACUGCGCAACAACCCACAGCGCAACGAGAGGCCUAUCAUUUACCAUUUGGAUGUGGGAGCCAUGUACCCCAACAUCAUUUUGACGAACAGAUUGCAGCCUUCCGCUAUGGUUGACGAAACGGUGUGUGCCGCUUGCGAUUUCAACAGACCGGGAGCUAAAUGUCAGCGAAGGAUGCCGUGGAUGUGGCGAGGGGAGAUAAUGCCGGCGAGUCGGAACGAGUUCCAGCGGAUCCAGCAGCAGCUGGAGAUGGAGAAGUUCCCCCCGCAGUUCCCCGGCGGGCCGGCCCGAGCGUUCCACGCGCUCAGCCGGGAGGACCAGGCCGCGUACGAGAAGAAGCGGCUGUCCGAGUACUGCCGCAAGGCGUACAAGAAGGCGCACGUCACCCGCACGGAGGAGAGGCUCACCACCAUCUGCCAGAAGGAGAACAGCUUCUACGUGGACACCGUGCGGGCCUUCAGGGACCGGCGCUACGAGUACAAGGGACUGUCCAAGACUGCCAAGAAACAGGUUGCAGACGCCGUAGCAAAGGGUGAUGCCGGCGAAAUAAAAUCUGCUAAGAAUCGAGAAGUUUUAUACGACUCUCUUCAGUUAGCACAUAAGUGCAUUCUGAAUUCUUUCUAUGGUUACGUAAUGAGGAGAGGGGCGCGGUGGCACAGCAUGGAGAUGGCGGGCAUCGUGUGCUACACGGGCGCCCACAUCAUCACCAAGGCGCGGGAGAUCAUCGAGCAGGUCGGCCGGCCGCUCGAGCUGGACACGGACGGCAUCUGGUGCAUCCUGCCCGAGUCCUUCCCCGAGAACUACGUGGUGAGGAGCACGCAUGCCGGGAAGCCCAAGGUCACCAUCUCCUACACCAACGCCGUCCUCAACAAGAUGGUCAAGGAUAGUUUCACGAAUCACGUGUACCACGAACUGGUGGACCCCGAGACGCUGUCGUACACCGUACGAAGUGAGAAUUCCAUAUUUUUCGAAGUGGAUGGGCCGUACCUGGCGAUGGUCCUCCCUGCGUCCAAGGAGGAAGGGAAGAAGUUGAAGAAACGUUAUGCGGUUUUCAAUCUGGACGGGUCCUUGGCGGAGUUGAAAGGGUUUGAAGUGAAGAGGAGAGGGGAGUUGCAGUUGGUGAAAAUCUUCCAGUCGUCUGUUUUCGAAGCGUUUUUGAAAGGCGACACGUUAGAGAAGUGUUACGAGUCAGUCGCCAAAGUGGCCGACUACUGGCUUGACGUUCUUUACAGCCGGGCUUGCAACAUGCCAGACUCGGAGCUGUUCGAGCUGAUCUCGGAGAACCGCUCCAUGUCCCGGAAGCUGGAGGACUACGGGGCCCAGAAGUCCACCUCCAUCUCCACCGCCAAGCGCCUGGCGGAGUUCCUGGGGGACCAGAUGGUGAAGGACGCUGGCCUGGCCUGUCGCUUCAUCAUCUCCAGGAAACCGGAAGGUUCCCCCGUCACAGAGAGGGCGAUCCCGCUGGCCAUCUUCCAGUCGGAGCCCAGCGUGAAGCGGCACUACCUGCGCAAGUGGCUGAAGGACUCGUCGCUCGACGACGUGGACAUACGCGAGGUGCUCGACUGGGACUACUACAUCGAGAGGCUGGGCGGCACCAUCCAGAAGAUCGUCACCAUACCGGCCGCCAUGCAAGGGCUGCCGAAUCCAGUGCCCCGAGUGCAGCACCCUGAUUGGCUGCACAAGAAGAUGCUGGAAAAGACUGACACUCUGAAGCAGAAGAGAAUUAACGAGAUGUUUGUGGUGAAGCCUAAAGAAGCCCAGGUGCUGCGGCAAGAAUCGGAGGACAUGUUUGCCCCGGAGGCGGAGGCAGAGCGCCGGGCGGGCGACAUUGAAGACUGCGCGGGGCCAGCGGCCGCUACUUCUGGCAGGCCCGUCGUGUGGCGGGCCAAGCGGAACCGGGCGGAAGUGGACGGCGGGACCUCCCAGGACGCCUCCAAGUCUUCGUCGUCCCUGAUGACGCAGAGCUGGAGGGAGGUCCUCGGCCCGCCUCCCCCUCUCGGCACCACCAAGGAGGAGCGGCUGGCGUGGCUCGGGUACCAGAAGAAGAAGUGGGAGCUGCAGGCCCAGCAGCGGGCCAGUCGCGGCGGGGGAGGGGGCCUCCCUGCCGGGAAGAGGACCCGCGGGGAGGGGCGGGGGGCCCCCGGGCGGGGCGUGGUGAGGAACCCCACGGCCGGCACGCUCGGGGGCUUCCUGCGACGCGCCCAGCGCACGCUGCUCGACACCCCGUGGCAGAUCGUGCAGAUCUCGGAAACCAACCAGCCGGGGCUGUUCAAGCUGUGGGCCUUCGUGGGGCAGGAGUUGCACCAGAUCAGGCUGGUCGUGCCGCGCAUAUUCUACGUGAACCAGCGGCUGCCCCGCGACGAGACGGAGGCGGGGGGGGCCCUGUGGAAGAAGUGCAGCCGCGUGCUGCCUCGCUCCCGGCCCGUCUACAACCUGUACGAGUACAGCGUGCCGGAGGAUCUGUACAGGCAGCACAGCCAGGAGCUGAUGGCAGACCUGUCCAUGCCCGACAUCGAGGGCAUCUACGAGACGCAGGUGUCCCUGGAGUUCAGGGCCCUGGUGCGCCUGGGCUGCGUCUGCGCCGUGGACCGGGCUGAGGCGCGGCGCGUCUCGGCGGCCGGCAGCAGCGGCACGGACUCCUUCUCCCUGGCGCAGCUCCAGUUCCGCAGCCUCGCGCACUCGCCCUACCUCCCCCGGCUGCCGGGCGGCGGGCACGGCGUGAAGCGAGUGUUCCUGUACCACGCCCGGGCGCCGGCCGGCCCCCGCGCCGUGUUCGGCCUGUUCCUCGCCCCCAGCCGCCGGGCCGUGGUGCUGGUGCUGGACACCGUGCGCACCGACCAGAUGCCCAACAUGGGUGCUCUGUACAGCGCUGAGAGAGCCAACAAAAUAAACCGUGGGAAGCCGGAGGAAACGUUGCCGCCCAAAGACCACGAGUUCGAGGUGCGCAUGGUGACAGAGGCGCGGCAGGCGUACCGACUGAUACAGAGGGCGCUCCAAGACUACAAGGACGAGAAGAAAGGUCCCACCCUGGUGGCCAUUCAGUCUCCGCUUGAUCUCCAGACCCUGGCGUCCCAGAUCCCGGGCAUGGGGGAGUUCCCGCUGGUGCCCUUGCACGGGCGGCAGGACGCGGACGGGACUGCCUGGGACCUGAACUGGCAGCGCAACUGCGCCCGGGCCAUGGUCCGCCGCUACCUGGGCAGCGACGCCGUGCUGGACCUGAUGGUGGAGCAGGCCCGCUACUUCCACGUGCCGCUCGGCAACCUGCCCCCCGACGCGACCCUGUUCGCCGCCGACCUGUUCUACGCCCGCCACCUCGCCCGGCACAACUUCCUGCUGUGGUGCUCGCCCACGGACCGGCCCGACCUCGGCGGCAGGGAGGCCGACGACAACAGGCUGCUGACGGAGUUCGAGGAGAGCGCGAGCGUGGUGACGAACAACGAGGGCUGCUACUCCUCCGUCUGCGUGGAGCUAGACAUUGACGGGCUGGCGGUGAACACCCUGCUCCAGUCCCACCACGUCAACGACAUUGAAGGUACAAGCUCCAGUGUGGCCUUCGACACGAUACCUCAGGCGUCCCUGGAAGACAUGGUGGGGGGUCAGAGCACGGUCUUGCCGACGUACGACGAGACCGCGUUGGUCAGCGGAGCUUUCAAAGUGCUGCGCUCCAUGGUGAACGCGUGGCUUCGGGACGUGAUGCUUUACAAGAACGUGUUCGCCGACUUUCAGAUCGUCCAUUUCUACAGGUGGAUAAGGUCCCCAAAUGCACUGCUGUAUGAUCCUGCUCUUAGAAGAACUUUGCAUAACUUGAUGAAGAAACUGUUUAUUCAGCUGGUCGCAGAGUUCAAGAGGCUGGGGUCUGUUAUCGUGUACGCUAAUUUCAACAAGAUCAUCAUCUGCACCAAGAAGAAGACCAUUGAGGAUGCUAUUGGCUACGUGGAGUUUGUGGUCCAGAGCAUACGAAACAAGGAGUUGUUCCACAGCAUUGAAAUAACGUACCAGCAGUGUUGGGAGUACCUCGUGUGGCUGGAUCCGUCGAACCAUGCCGGCGUUCAAGGUACCCUUCCCAAAGUUAUUGGGGAUGUCAGUACUAAAGAGAGCAAUAACCCAGAGAGCGAAGAGAACGGAGGCAACGGUGACGACGUGAGAGAAGGGGAAGUGGAAGAGGUCCUGAAUGAAAAUGACGACGAUGAAAAUGACGAUGAUGGGCCGACGGUGACGAUGAACUGGAACCUGGUGGAGUACCUGCCUGACGUCGGGGGCUGCAGGGACAGCUUCAGCGCGGUCGUCGCCGGCUACGUCAGCGCCGUGUACUCGCACAUCCGGGAGAGCGGGGUUCCGGCGACUCCCGUGCGCUCGCGUCGCGUGAGCAGCCAGAGCCAGACACAGGCCCAGGCGCGGCACCUGGGCGUGGGGGCCCACGCCUCGGCCGCGGAGUUCGCCAGGCAGCUUGUCACGGGCGAGAUGGCCCAGAGGCUGUACCGCAUUACUCAAACUGUUCAAGAGAAGGCGAGGAAGCAAGCAAAAUACUUGACAAGUGACAACAGCGGGGCGUUCCCCUCGUUUCGGAGUUCAGAUCUCGACCACCAAGAUGCAGCUCUUGAGUUUGUUAAAGCUGUCUGCAAGGUGCUGUCGCUGGACUCGGGCGUGCGGGAGGAGGUGAUGCACGUGAGACGCAACAUGCUUCGCCUGAUCGGCGUGGGGGAGUUCAGCGAGCGUGCCGUGUGGCGGGACCCGUGCGUCUCCUUCGUGCUGCCGGAGGUCAUCUGCAGGACGUGCAACCACUGCCGCGACGUCGACCUCUGCAAGGACGCCCACCGCGCCGAAGAGGACGGCAGCCCGGUGUGGCGGUGCCCGCUCUGCGACACCAGCUACGACAACGCCGAGAUAGAGCACCUCUUGCUGGACGCCGUCCAGCGGAAGGCGAUGGCGUACACUCUGCAGGACCUGCAGUGCAGGAAGUGCCUGCAGAUCAAGAUGGAUAACAUGUCCAAGCACUGCAGCUGUGCGGGCGAAUACCAGACGCUGGUGUCCAGGGAGGACAUAGGCUUGCACCUGAGGACCUUCCAGAGCAUAGCCCAGCACUUCAAGAUGCCUCUGCUGCUGGAGACGGUCAAGUGGGCCCUGAGCCUCAGCCCCAGCAUAGCGACGUGAAGGGCCGUCUGCGUGUGUUGGCAGCAUCCGGCACGAGUCGAUGCUCGUCUGGGGUUUUUAUGAACGAAUCAAACAUGUAUCUUCCGCAAGGUUACGAACUGCUUUCUCCAGGACAGUAAUUUUGAAAGAGUCAACAUACUGUGUUAGUUGAAGUUCGUGAAUAAUUAAUCUAGUUGGACUUGGAACAUUACAAAAAACUUGUGCGCCAGGAAAGUUCUGUAUGUCCUAAAAGUGCUUAGCGACGUUUGUUACAAUUUUAUGUUUGUGACCAGUUGCUAUCGCUACUUCGAACUUUACUAAUAUUUAAAUAAAAAAAUAAUUUUUU